AUGCCCGGUGUCCUUGUGGCGUGCUACCAUGACCCCUUCCAACAGACGCAGUGGCGCGGCGCGUGGGCGGGCGGGCUGGCGCUGGGCGGCGCCACGCUGCACGCGCGCGGCUGCGUCGAGGCCGUGCGGGCGCCGCUGGCGCGCGCGCUGCUUGCGCUGCAGCUCUUCAACAUGCUCGUCUUACUGCUCCAGCUGGUGAUCGUGGCGCUGACGCAGCUGUUGCGCGCGGCGCUGCGGGGCUGCCUGCUGGAACACACCUCGUCCCAUCAACGAGGCGACCUGGUUAGCUUAUAUCAUUUAUACUCUUCUUCUUCUUGGCCCGUAAAGGCUGUACUCUGA